CCGCAUGAGGAUCCGCUCUCCACGCAUGUCUUGAGCCAUCUGCAGUAGACCGCGCGCGCGUCAGACAAAGUGGAAGCUCUCCAAUCGUAUCCGAACAAGGCUGGAAAGUUCGCUGUCCAUUGAGCCCGUACCUACAUACCCCAUUGUCGAAAUCGAAAACCGCCAUCAUGUCUGAACCCGAGCCGCGCCGAUCGGUUAGAGCCACAAAGGGCCAGCACAAGGCACUGGAACAGCUCGACCAAAUCGACAUCCCCAAGAAGCGCGGGAAGAAGGCCGCCAAGAAAGCAGUCCCCGAGCCAGAAGAGCCCGAGGAAGAGAUCAUCCGAUGCGUCUGCGGCGCCACCGAACAAGAUGAGGAUUCUGGCGAGCCUUGGAUUGCCUGCGACAUGUGCGGCGCCUGGCAGCACAACAUCUGCAUGGGCAUGAGCCAGUAUAGCGAAGAUUUACCUAAGGAGUAUUUUUGCGAGCUCUGCAAGCCCGAGAACCACCAGGAACUGCUCAAUGGCAUGAAGAACGGCGAGAGGCCCUGGGAGGCCAGGCGCAAAGCCUUCGAGGAGGAAAAGGCAGAGAAGCGGAGGAGAGGCAACAAGAAGAAAGCGAAGAGGGUGAGCGACCACAAGGAAGAAAGCUCCCAGGCCUCCCAGAAACCAAAGCCAUCUCCCGCACCAGAGCCCAAGAAGGAUGCCAAGAGCGCAGCUGGACAGAAGCGCAAGACGACAGAACCUGCGCCAGAGAAGGAACCCAAGCAAAAGGUCCGAAAGGUUACAGAGACCCAAGCUCCACCUCUCCCAUCAUACAAGGCCCCAGAUGACAUCGCCGGCAAGAUCAGUGAGCUACCAGAGCUUCGGCAAGGCGCCGCCAAGCUCCUUUCUAAGUCUCUGGUGCACUCUAUUGGAGUCGCCGAGAAGAAGGGCGCGUCGAUUCCUUCCGAAGGCGUCUCAGCUACCGCAGAGCGUUUAGCUAUUCAGAUCGAGCGUGCUGUCCACGAUUCGCACCAGUCGACUGCCUAUAGUGGUCAGAUGCGGACACUAAGCUACAACCUCAAGACCAACCAAGACCUCACUACCGGUCUGCUUAACGGCACCCUUACCCCUACCAUGUUGGCUUCCAUGACAACAGAGGAGCUGGCAACGAAGGAGCUGCAGAAAGAAACUGCCGAGAUGAAGGCGAGGGCAGAGAAACAGUCCAUUAUGAUCACCGAGGAUGUCCCCAGGAUACGGAAAACGCACAAGGGCGAGGAAGUUAUUGGGGACGAGAGUUACAACCUGUCGACUGAUGUUUCCUCCGCCCCCGUACGUAGGCCGCCCCAGGAUACAGCUGAGCCCCCGAAGAAACGCGUUAAGGAAGAGGGACCGGAGAGGGCUGCUCAGGGGACGGCUUCGAAGCGAUCUUCGAGGGAUCUGACUGUGGAGACUCAGAAGUCGCCUAGCACAGGGAACUUUGAUAUCAACAAGGUCUUCUCAAGUGUCAAGUCGCCUACUCAGUCUCACAACAGACGCCCAUCCGCUAUGUCUACCUCAACAGGACCCGGGGUUGAUGCAGAUGUGGAUCGCCUCUUGGACGACGGCACCCAGUCCCCGCCUUAUUCACCGAAGGAGGAGAUCCUUGACCCCGAUGUGGUGUGGAAGGGAAAUCUGGUGAUGAAUACCAUUGCAGAUUUCCAAGUGACAGCCAAGCAUAUUGGAGGCGCCAAACUGAAGGAGUCGAUCGGCUUGGAAUGGGACAAGUUGAUGCCCAAGACACUUACUGUCUGCGGACGGAUUGACGAACAACAGGCUAUUGUCUACCUCUGUAGUCUGAGGUAUAGUCUUCCCACUGAUGUGGUAGUAGUGAACUUGCAGCCUACGUCGGCGGCCUCGAAGCCCCAGUUUCAACGCCUGGUUGACUACUUUGUGUCCAAGAAGCGAUACGGAGUCAUAGGAGACAGAGGGGUAGCGAACGUCCGCGACACCUACCUCGUUCCCGUGCUUCCUGGCACAGGUCAAUACCCAGAGUUUAUGCUCAACCUGGCUGAUAACCACAUUCCCGAGACGAGGACCGAGCCAAUGUUGCUCGGCGUAUUUGUCUACCGUAACGAUCCCGAUACUAUUAUGCGGCUACAUGGGACUAAUGACUAUAACCAAGUAGUGGCGAACCAGUCCACCAAGGUCCACACCAGCUUCGCGAGUACACCGGCGCCAUCAUCGCCGGCGCUGGCGAACCUCCCUCCGGGCCACCGGCCUUCCCUCUCGACGCCUGCUUUCUCGCCGACAUCUCCCCAGGCUGGCACGUUCCCCAACUACCCUACUCCUAGGCAUAGUAGCACCCCUUCACAAGUGCCACAACAGCAGCAACCGCAGCCAACACCACCGGCCCAUCAUCCGGUGAGCCAGAUGCAGCAUCCCGCUGUGGACCAGGUGCAGAGACAAGGAGAGGCCAUUGCCAGAGAGGUACUGGGUCCUCUCAUCACUAGUCCGACGGUUGCCUUCCUGCUGCCUCAGGCCCAUAAGAUGUCCAGGAAGGAAUGGGAAGUUAUCAAGAAGAUCUACGAACGGGAUCCCAAGGCUCGCGAUGAUCUGCCUUACCUGAGUAAUGUUUUGGAGAGGGAGAGUACCAAUGCGCAGGCCAAGGCUGCUCAAGCUCAGCAGCAGUCCCAGCAGCAUCCUGUUCAUCAACAGCACCAGCAUCAACAACAACAGAUGCACCAUCAGCCUCACCAUCAACAACAUCAUUCACAGCACCAGGUUCAGCAUCAGCAGCAGCAUCUGCCGCAGCACCCACCCCAACAUCAACCACAACACCAGGCUCACCAUCAGCCACAGCCUCAGCAUCAACAGCAACACCAGGCUCACCACCCACCGCAUCAUCAGCCUCAGCACCAGCCACAGCAGCAGGCCCAUCAUCAACCUCAUCCUCCUCCACCGCAGCAUCAACCUCAGCAUUUGCAGCACCAGCAACAGCAGCAGCACCAGCAGCAACACCCACCGCAUCAUCAACCUCAGCAUCCACCCCAGCAUGCUCCUCAGCAUGCUCCUCAGCACCAACAGCAGCAUCAACCGCAGCACCAGGUGCAACACCCACCCCAGCAUCACGCUGCUGCUCAACCACAACCCCCAGCGGCCCAGCCACCUCAACCAGCCUCUCAUCAUACUCAACCUCCUCAACAUCAGCAACACCAACAGCAACAACCACAACACGCGCAGCCUCCUUCGCAGCCUCACCCGCAGGCCCAGCCUCAAGCUCAUUCACAGCAUCACCAACAGCACUUCACCCCGCCAGUGCGAACCACUCCUAUUCCCCCCCCGCCCAUCCCGCCGGUAGCCGCCGGCGCUGGCCCCGUUAAGCAAACGCCCAUCCCGCCUCCGCCCAUCCCUCCCCAGGCUACCACAGCAGCAGCAACCGGUCCUCCUUCCGCCUAGAGGGGCGACGGACAGCGGACAAACCACCCGGACUCAGCAGCAGCGGUCAGGAAUAGUAGUAGCAAUAGCAAUAGUACGAGGCCUGCAGCAGCGACAAAGCAAAGUGACAAGAAACA